AUGGAUGAGGUUGUUGUAACAGUUUAUCAAGUUUGGAAAAGAAGGAAUAAGCUGGUAUUUGAGGAAGGGUUCUGGUCUUCAGAAGCAGUAGUCAAGUUGGUUAAGCAGUUAGUAAGUGAAUUCAAGGAAACAAAUUUGAAACCUGCAGUUGGCUCAGCACUGAUCACAACAAGAGAAUGCAAAUGGAAAGCCCCUCCUUUAAACUUCAUCAAAGCAAACUGGGAUGCAGCUGUGGAUAAUAUUCAUUGCAGGAUUAGUAUUGGAGUUGUGCUUAGAAACUCAAGUGGACAUAUUAUUGCAAGCUUAAGAUCUCAAAUGGAUUCUUUUCCAGAUACUCACCUAGCAAAGACAAUUGCAGCCCUCAAAGCUUUAAUUCUAUGUCAACAGCUUGACCUAACACAUAUUAUAUUGGAAAGGGAUGCGCAACAGGUGGUCAAGGAUAUCCAGAGCAGUCACGAGAUUUGGACCUCAGUUGGCAUGAUUGUUAGAGACAUCAAAGCGCUACUUACUAAGAUGUCUAGAUGGUUUAUCAAUUUUAUUCCUAGAACUUGUAAUUUUUUGGCUCAUAAUCUUGCAAGGGAUGCAUUGAAACUCUCUGAGGAGAGCAUUACUUUGGAGGGUCUUCCCCUUUGUAUUCAUCAUAUGUGA